CGAACACAACAAACCCCGGAAAAGGAAGGAAGCGGAAAAAAACGGGGCUGAACGUUUCACAAAAAGUGAAGUUGGAGAAGUUCCGAACAACUGGAAUGAAAGUGUCCGCGAACUGUCACCUGCGCACAGAAGAGAGCGAAGUUAUCGAUGCGGGCUUUCGGCUACAAGUCACCGAUCGCGUCGCAACGUGGCAGUUGAGGCAAAGCUCACCGUCGGCGCAGAUCGGUCGUUGGCUCCACUCGGCAACAGUUGCAACACCCCUGACGCGCACGACAGGAUCAAUGUGGCCGAGCCGGUUCUGUGUUUAGAGAACAGACGUGGGUCGACGCCCGGUGCUCCGUGUGAGAUGACCUGACUCCUGAGUUCACUGGCUCCCACCGUCGCGACACGAUGACCAGAAUAGCCUGGUACCAGGAGAAGAUCGGGGCCUAUGAUCAACAAGUCUGGGAGAAAUCUCUGGAGAAGGCAGAUCUAAAUGGUUUAGACAGCAAACCAAGGAAGACGGGUUACAUCAAGCAAGACCUCAUUGAUGUCGACCUCGUAAGAGGAUCCACAUUCAGCAAAGCCAAACCAGAGAGUCCCUGGGCAGCCCUGACUCGAAAAGGUCUGGUCAGAGUGCUGCUGUUCCCGUUCUUCUUCCAGUGGUGGAUCCAGGUGACCUCCAAGUCCAUCUCCUCAUGCAUCCUUGUCCUGUACUUCAUGCAAGUGGCGGCAGUGGUGCUGUACGUGGAGGUCCCCGGGGCGAGUGCCAGCGAGGUGUUUGGACCCAUUUGUCUGAUGCUGCUGCUGGGCACCGUGCACUGCCAGAUUGUGUCGACGGAGUCCAGCCGGUGGCCCUCGGGCAGUCCAGCUGCCAGCAGCACCACCAGCCCUGCGCGCAGACGGAGGCCGAGGAAGGGCAGAGUUCUGAAAAAAUCAGAUGAGAAGAACGACAGAGCGGACCAACAACAGCAGGGGCCCUGGCCGUUGGAAGAAAGCCAACGAUUAUACGGAAAUGAGGAGAGGAGGAGCAAACGAAAGUCAGGAUUUGGGGCGUCUGACGAGCUCUCCAGUGAGGAAGAGGAGGGGGUACAACCGGUUGAAAAGAUUCACCCACCAGAUCAUCCGGAGAGACAACCUGCUGCAACUUAUCCGACGUCUGCACCCUUGUCUUCUGUUCGGAAGAGAAACCCAAAUUCUAACCCCAAACCGACACUAAGACCUCAGGAAGGGAGUGGAGCCUCCCCAAAGGCGAAGCCUCGAGAGGUGGAGCGUCUCCGGCCGAGCGUGUGCUCCCGUCCCGCCUCCGACACCGAUGACACAUUGUGGGAGGAGCUUCUCCAGGGGCCCGACUCCGUCACCACGGGGAGCAGUGACAGCGAGGGCAACGGGAGGUACAACGCCGGCCUGGCCCUGCCACAGACCACCACUGUGAGCAGCGACGAUGAGAGUCUACAGCAGGGAAUCACCGGAAGCCAGAUGUCCUGGCUUCAGGCGUGUCACCCAUCCAAGGACCGCGUCAGUGCCAUAAUAUGGGAGCAGGGCGAUUGUAAGAAGGCAGACAUGUCUGUGUUGGAGAUCAGCGGCAUCAUCCUCACACGGGUGAAGUUGGUGGAGCAGGGGAUGGGCUACCUCAUCCUCGGUGGGCUCAUGACCGCCAGCCUGGCACUGCUGCCGUUUGCCUUCUGCUUGGCUCAGCACCUGGACAUGUCGAGCCUCGGCUCCCUGUCCCUGACGGGGCUGGCAGAAACGGUGGUCGGGCCGCCCAACGUCCAGGCCUACGCCUUUUUCUUCAUCACAACGGUGCAAAGAGUCUGCCUCACCGGACUGUUCUUCUUCAUGAUGUGCGUGGCCGAGAGAACGUACAAGCAGAGACUUUUAUUUGCCAAGUACUUCAGCCACCUCACUUCAGCUCGCAAGGCCAAGAAAUCUGAGAUUCCUCAUUUCAGGCUGAAGAAAGUCCAGAACAUAAAGAUGUGGUUGUCUCUUCGCUCUUUUCUCAGGAGACGAGGGCCGCAGCGAUCCGUUGAUGUCAUUGUCUCCACUAUCUUCCUUCUGGCACUUUCCAUUUCGUUCAUCAUUUGUGCCCAGCUACUGCGCAGCCACAAGACUUUCCUGGACUCUCAGGCUAACUGGGAGCUGAUGGUGUGGGGCUCCUCCCUCAUCCUCUUCUUGUUACGGCUGGCCACUCUGGGCUCGGAGACCAACUGCAAAUACAGCAACUCCUCGGUGCUUCUCACUGAGCAGAUCAACUUGUAUCUCAAGAUGGAGAAAAAGCCCAAUAAGAAGGAGGAGCUCAGCAUAGUGAACAAUGUUUUGAAACUUGCUACAAAACUGAUGAAGGAGCUGGAUACUCCUUUCAGACUGCUGGGUCUGACGGUGAACCCUCUGAUCUACAACAUCACCAGAGUGGUCAUCUUGUCGGCCGUGUCUGCUGUGGUCAGCGACCUGCUCGGCUUCAACAUCAGACUGUGGAAAAUCAAACCUUAAUGUGAAAACGGCAAACCACUACAAGUCGGACACUGGAGACCAGUAUUCCCACCGUCUGCUGCAGACACUCAUCUCAUCUACAAUAAGUGUGCAAACCUACUGACAGUAUAUUCAUAUGUCUGUGCCUUCCGGCUGAAACUUCUGUCUGAGUUUCAUACAACAAUUGCUUGCACACACACACGCACGCACGCACGCACCAUUACUGGCUCCAAGGGGGUGUGGCACGACACACUCUCCCUCGGCCAAUCCACUAACCCAGUGCCUAUCUGUUGACCAUUGAAUGUUCCUCAGUGUGUUGUGAGUUGAGAUCAUUUCAGGCUUCUGUGGCAUCCAUUAGUUCCAAUUGUGUCUUGUGCAAAUGUGUGAACAACAUGUAAAUACCUUAAAUGCAGAUAGUUUAUAUUCAUUAGUAUGAACAAUAGUUCAUUUAACUACAUAACAAGCUGUGUGCUAUCUAAAGCCUGUAGAUCAGAGUGGGCGGGCAGCUGUACUUUCCUAGGAAUCAACUUUGAUUUUAACCUUUUAUACUAUUUAAUGAGGACAUGUUGAGACUGUAAGUAGAUUUUUAUUUAUUUGGGGUUUUUCUGUUUUAGCGCUUAAACUUGUAUUGGUACCUGUAAGUUGGGCUCUUUGACCACUAUCCGCCUUUUGUAUCGAGGACCAUUGUUGAAUAAAACAACUAUGCAAAGAGGGUUGUGCUCAACGGCAUUGUUUGAUAAGAGGUGAAUAAAGUAUUUUUGUCAUCCAUG